AUGCAUGCUGAGGAAAAACCCAUUUCACACAGCGACGAUGAUGAUCUAGUGCGUCCAGUAGGCACCACGACAAGUCUUCCUGGUGUCAUCUACAUUCGCUGGGGUAACGAUGUAUGUCCCGAAGAUGCAGAACUCAUCUAUUCAGGUACUAUUGGAGGUGCACACUACAGUCAUACUGGUAGCGGCUCAAAUCAUCUCUGCAUGCCGGACGAGCCUAUUUAUGACGAAGUAGAAACUUCCUCACAUGAUCACCGAGCCCUACUGUACUCCUCUGAAUACUCACUCGCCAAUGGUCCUUCACGCAUGCAACCAAUGCAUGACCAUACUCCGACCUGUGCAGUCUGCAGGGCGCCCUCUGGCCGCACCAGCAAACUUAUGAUUCCUGCCCGCAACGUGUGCCCUUCUCAAGAGUGGCGUUUAGAGUACGCUGGUUAUCUUAUGGCAGAUUACCACGGAUACCAGAAAUCGGAAUUUCUUUGUGUGGACCGCGAGAUGGUUCAUAAAGCGGGGACCGCGGGGAAUCAGAAUGGUGCGCUGUUGUACUUCACAGAAGUCCGGUGUGUGGCGGGUGAUGGCUUGGAUUGUGGAGCCUAUAUCGAUGGUUACGAAAUUACUUGCGCUGUCUGCACUAUCUGAAGUCCUACUAAUAA